CCCUGGCAGACGCCCCAAGAUUGUUGUGAGGAGUCUAGCCAGUUGGUGAGCGCUGUAAUCUGAACCAGCUGUGUCCAGACUGAGGCCCCAUUUGCAUUGUUUAACAUACUUAGAAAAUGAAGUGUUCAUUUUUAACAUUCCUCCUCCAAUUGGUUUAAUGCUGAAUUACUGAAAAAGGCUAAGCAAAACCAGGUGCUUUCUCUGCAGGCUCUCCGGCGGCUCGGAGGACCCAGGCUCUCCCCUGUCCUCUCCACGCCUCGCUCAUCCCCCCUGGAAUAAAACUAUCGCGAGCUCCAGGGCCGGGAGGAGGCAGAAGUUCAGGAGCUGCCCCGAGGGGCCUGCACGGUGAGCUCUUUUUUGCCCUUUGCUUCUCCUGCUCACGCAUCUUGGACAUGCCAGGAUUAAAAAGAGACAAAUCUGGCUGUUGCAAAUAUCAAAAAGCCCUGGGAUUUGGCUCUGCACUUUAUAAGGAUACUCGCCAUCACCGUGCUGGCUCUCUGUCUUCCAAGUCCUGGGAAUGCGCAGCAGCAAUGCACUAACGGUUUUGAUCUGGACCGCUCGUCAGGACAGUGUUUAGAUAUUGAUGAAUGCCGGACCAUCCCUGAAGCCUGCCGAGGAGACAUGAUGUGUGUUAACCAAAAUGGCGGCUAUUUGUGCAUCCCCCGAACAAACCCAGUGUACCGAGGGCCCUACUCGAACCCCUACUCGAACCCCUACUCAGGUCCAUACCCAGCAGCUGCCCCACCGCUGUCAGCUCCAAACUACCCCACGAUUUCAAGGCCACUCAUAUGCCGCUUUGGGUACCAGAUGGAUGAAAGCAACCAAUGUGUGGAUGUGGACGAAUGUGCAACGGAUUCCCACCAGUGCAACCCUACCCAGAUUUGCAUCAACACCGAAGGAGGGUAUACCUGCUCCUGCACCGAUGGCUAUUGGCUUCUGGAAGGCCAGUGCUUAGACAUUGAUGAAUGCCGCUAUGGCUACUGCCAGCAGCUGUGUGCAAAUGUUCCUGGAUCCUAUUCCUGUACAUGCAACCCUGGUUUUACUCUCAACGAGGAUGGGCGGUCGUGCCAAGAUGUGAAUGAGUGUGCAACUGAGAACCCCUGCGUGCAAACCUGUGUCAACACCUAUGGCUCUUUCAUCUGCCGCUGUGACCCAGGAUAUGAACUUGAGGAAGAUGGUGUUCACUGCAGUGAUAUGGAUGAGUGCAGCUUUUCUGAGUUCCUCUGUCAACAUGAGUGUGUGAACCAGCUUGGCACCUACUUCUGCUCCUGUCCCCCUGGCUAUAUCCUGCUGGAUGACAACCGAAGCUGCCAGGACAUCAACGAGUGUGAGCACAGAAACCACACAUGUACCCUGCAGCAGACUUGCUACAAUUUGCAAGGGGGCUUCAAGUGCAUUGACCCCAUUCGCUGCGAGGAGCCUUAUCUGCGAAUCAGUGAUAACCGCUGUAUGUGUCCUGCUGAGAAUCCUGGCUGCAGAGACCAGCCCUUCACCAUCUUGUACCGGGAUAUGGAUGUGGUGUCAGGGCGCUCUGUUCCUGCUGACAUCUUCCAAAUGCAAGCCACGACUCGCUACCCUGGGGCUUAUUACAUUUUCCAGAUCAAGUCUGGGAAUGAGGGCAGAGAAUUCUAUAUGCGGCAAACGGGCCCCAUCAGUGCCACCCUGGUGAUGACACGCCCCAUCAAAGGGCCCCGAGACCUGCAGCUGGACUUGGAAAUGAUCACUGUCAACACCGUCAUCAACUUCAGAGGCAGCUCUGUGAUCCGACUGCGGAUAUAUGUGUCGCAGUACCCAUUCUGAGCUGCAGGCUGGAGCCUCUGACACCGCCUCUCCGCAGCACCAAGGGACAGGAGCAGAGAAGAAACAGAGGGAGAAGGAGAGCGAGACACACCUUACACCUUCCUUGCUGGACAUUCCCUGAGGAGUCAGCCGCCACGUCCUGACCCCACCUGUAUUAUUGUAGACCUGUCCCUCUGAAGGACAUACUUCCCCCUGUUCCUACGAUGCAGUUAUCGAAAAAUAUUAUCAUUGGCGCUCUGACCUGAGAUCGAUGGUGAUUUUUCAAGGCCUCCAGUUUACUUUCAUAUUUUUCAAGGAAAAUAGAUUAGGUUUGCUGGGGUCUGAGUCCCUGUUUGGAGACUGUGAACAGCCCUCUCUCGCCUCAUUCCUGCCUUCUUUCUCUCUCCCGCCGAUUGCUUCUUUGCAAAGGCCCGAAGAAUUCGUGGGGACGCUUGGCUAGUUAGUUCGCUUCUUGUAUAUACAGAGAAGGCUACAGAAAGAAGCCGCAGCAGGAUCUAAGGGUUUUUGCAGAGUCUAUUUCAAAACCAUGUCUGGCAUUUUCAGCCAUAAAAGGAGUUUUAGUUGUCCUUUAAUUUGUGUAACUGUUUAAUCCUCUCUUGUUCAUUUUGAGCAUUUUUUAGAAAUAAGUGAUAGUCUCCUUCCAAAGGCCUGAAGACAUAUGUUCUAUUCUGUCUUCCCCAACCCAUCGUAGCCCAGUGUUUUCUUUGAGGACCCCUCAGUCAUGCUUUCUUUAGGAUUUUUACCCAGCUGGGUUGGAAGGCAGAGGUCUCCAAACUGAUUAAAUAUUUGAAAAGA